AUGCAGCUGUGGAGAUGUUCUCCUGAGGAUACUCUGCGUAUUCCCUGUUCUUCGGACUCCUACCGCUAUCCGUCCCUGGUACCUCCGCCUGCAUCCCUCGUGUGCGGUGUGAAUAAUAACAAUUCCUUAGCAGUACCAAUACUGCUGAACCAGGAGGCUUCUACGGAUAUGUACCUCAUACUCCUUAGUAGCAUUGGCAGUUAUGGCAGUGGUUCCGUUAACUCCAUGGACUGGACGUCGUUGGAGUCGGUGUCCUCACCGGUCGAGAUGCGUCUCCAUGGACCAUUGCCUUUGAGGAACUCGGAAGAACUAAUGGCUCUGAGAUAA